AUGGCUAGGUCAAGUGGUGCUGAUCUUCAAGCACCGGUAUUCAAUGGAGACAACUUCGAUUUUUGGCAGAUUCGGAUGAAGACCAUAUUCCAAUCUCAUGAACUCUGGGAUGUUGUCGAGAAGGGUUUCGCUACUCCGGCGAAGAAGGAUGAAGAAUUCACUGAAGCUGAGAGCAAGCUGGUGAGGGAGAACAUAAUCAAAGAUGCAAAGGCACUAGGAAUCAUCCAAGGGGCAGUUUCCGAUCGGAUCUUUCCGAGAAUCGCCAUCCAAGAGACUGCACAUGCAGCUUGGAAUGUCCUGAAGCAAGAAUUUGUGGGAGAUAAACAGGUAAGAGCUGUGAAACUCCAAGGCUUACGCCGUGAUUUUGAAUAUACUAGAAUGGGUGAAAAUGAAACUUUCUCUGCAUAUCUAGUUAGGCUAUUUGAUUUGCUUAGUCAAAUGAGGAGUUAUGGUGAAGAUAUUAGCAAUCAGAGAGUUGUUCAAAAGUUGCUGAUAAGCUUACCUAGAUCAUAUGAUAGUAUUGCUUCUGUGAUUGAAAAUACUAAGGAUCUAGACACUGUUGAUGUUCAAGAUGUUGUUGCUAUUCUAAAGGGGUAUGAACAAAGAAUUGAUACGCAUGAUGAGAUUCACACUGAGAAGGCAUUUGUUAGUCUUAAUAUUGCUCCAAAACAAAAUAAGUACAACGGGAAUCAAGGGUUCAAACCACAUAAGAAUUGGAAGUCAGGGUGGAAGAAAGGGGGUAAUAGACCUACAAAUCAAGCUGGAAAAGAUGCAGGUACCUCUGAAGGAGCCAAGAAUCCUUGUAUACACUGUGAUAAGCUGCAUUUUGGUGAAUGUUGGUUCAAGGAUAAGCCUAAGUGUCAUAAUUGCCAUAAGGUGGGGCAUAUUGAAAAAUAUUGUUGUGGGAAGAAGGAGAAGGCUAACCAACAUGUCGUCUAUUGGAUGAUUUGA